AUGUCGUUCAAGUCUGAAAAAGAUAUUAAUCUCAAAGAAGAUAAUUUUAUACAAGAUUAUAAUAGUUGUUUUACAAAUUACGAAGUCUUGGAUGUUGGAGAGAUUGAAUGGUUUUAUACGGCAAGAUUAAAAGAAUAUAACGAACCAAUAUUAUUAAAGCCAGUCACAAUAUCUACUUUAAAUGAAUUCGUUAAAGAACUUAAGCGACACCUAAGUAUUAAAACGCACGAUAAUAUUUUAAAAAUUAUUGGACUCACUAAACCUGAUUGUUGGAAUUAUUAUUCAGAUCAACGUCCAAAUAUUCAGCAAAUUAUUGAACGUUUAAAUGAAAUAAUUUUUAAUGAAGAAAAUGAAAAUAUUGAAAAUAAUUUACAACUUAAUAAUCAAGCAUUAAUUUUUCAGAAAUUAUUUGAAUUAUUUAUAAUACAAUUCAAUACAACAACAGAUUCUGCGCAAAUAAUUAAUAAUAUAAAUAAUUAUUUGGAAGUUUAUCAAAUGAAUCCUCAUAUAACAUUUAAUAAACUAAUUGAUCAAGGUUAUCGUUAUAACUUUGGUGUUAAUAUGGAUAAAAAAAUCGCUCUUAAAUUAUUUUUAGAGGUAGCAGAAAGUGGAUCUGGCAUUGGGCAAUAUUACGUUGGAAUGAGUUAUUCAUGUUUAGAUUAUGGUGUUAAAGACGAAAAAAAAUCAUUGGAAUGGUACAUAAAAUCUGCUGAAGGAGGAAAUCCUAUAGGACUAUAUGCUCUUGGGAAAUAUUAUCAAAAUACUGAUUAUACAAAAUCAUUUACAUAUUUUAUUAAAUCUUCACAAAGUGGUAAUUCAUAUGCACAAUUCGAAUUGGCGAAAUGUUAUAAUUAUGGCACAGGUACAAUUAAAAAUGAAGCUAUGUCUCUUGAAUUGUAUUUAAAAUCUGCUGAAAAUGGAAAUUGUGACGCACAAUUUUAUUUAGCGAAUUAUUAUAAUUCAUAUUCUAAAGGCAAAAAUAGAGAUGUUGAAAAAACUUUUAAGUGGUAUAUGAGUCGUGAAGCUUUUGAGUGGUUUUUAAAAUCAGCAAACAGUGGAAACUGUAAUGCUCAAUAUCAAUUAGGUAUAUUUUAUAAAAAUGGCAUAGAGACCCCGAUAGAAAUAAAAAUCGCUGAUCGUUGGUUUGAAUUAGCAAAAGCUAAUGG